AUGGCAACCUUCAAUGCACAAGAAGGCCAAUCGAUGGAUGUUGUUGAGAAUGGUCCAUUCACCCCAGCUAAAGUUGUAAAUGGUGAACAUGUGGAAAAACCCAAGGGUGAAUGGAGUGAGCAAGAAAAGAGAAGGGUAGCUUUAAAUGACAAAGGAAUCCAUGUUUUGUUUUGUGCUCUUAGUAGAAGUGAGUACAACAAAGUGCACAUGAAGUCUACCACAAAGCAGAUUUGGGAUGCUUUGGUAAUUACUCAUGAAGGCACAAAUCAAGUGAAGGAGAACAAGAUGGAUUCCCUAAUCUAUCAAUAUGAGCUAUUCAAGAUGAAAUCGGAUGAGACGAUUAGUCAAAUGUACGAUAGAUUUAUGGAAAUCAUUAGUGGAAUCAAAUCCCUUGGGAAGACAUUCACUAAUAAAGAGCUAGUAAAGAAGAUACUAAGGAGUCUUCCUAAAGAGUGGUUACCAAAGGUGACUUCACUCAAGGAUGCUAAGGAUUUGAGCAAAGUACAACUUGAUGAACUUUUAGGAAAUCCCAUUGACUAUGAGUUAACACUCAAAAGAGAGUAA